AUGGGCAUUUGGAUCGGUUCCGCCGGUCUUGGUUACGUAAUCGCUGGCACCAGCUUCAGCAUCGGGCAUAGCAAGUCUUCUCUUGCCAGCUGGAGACUGAUCUUUCUCGUCUGGGGUUCCAUUACCAUAGCUUGGGGUAAUGUGCUCGCCAUCUUCCUUCCUGGGUCCCCGAUGACGGCCAGGUUACUUGCCGAAAACGAGCGUACCUUGGCCGUCAACCGCCUCAAGAUUUACACUACUGGCCUGGAGAACAAGACUUUAAAAUAUAUCAGUUCAUAG